AUGGAUUACAACGGGAACUCAAUAAGUGAAAAUCCAUUUCUUAAGGUUUGUCUCAUUUUGAUUAAUUUAGAAUACCUAUACUUGUUUUUCAGCAUGAUGGAGCAUCAAAAAGAUUAUUCAGACGGCGUCCAAUUGUCAUUCGAGAUUCAUCGAAAAAAGGUGACUAAUUUUUUUAUUUAUCAAAAUUUAUAUAUUUUUUAUUCAUGAGCCAAUUGAAACAUUUUCAAAUUGUUCAUGUUCGAUUAUAAUUUUUCCAACUUUUUGUCGUUUACCUUCCAUAUCAUUUUUGAUUCUCCAUUCUUUCUUAUCUUUUUUUUUAGUUUUGAAUAUAUAUGUAUAUAUAUAUGAUAUUAUUUAACGUUUAUGCAUAGUUUUUAUUACUAUUUCUACGUUUUUUCUUGCAGUCGCCGAUAUUGGGUUCAAAAUGGAGGAAAAUUCAGAAGAAGUUAAAGUUUCAACAAAUUUAACAGGUUAGUGUUUGGGGGCUUUUGGGAAAAGAGAAUUUUUGAAGAAAAACCGGAAAUGUGUUUUUGAUAAGGGAAACAGUACGGUUUUUGAUUUUUUUAGUCUGAAAUUUUGAACAAAGAACUUGGGAAAAAUGAAUUGAAAAAAUUUUAAAUAGUCUUUUUGAUUCAAAAAAAUUUCGAAGUUUCGAAUUGGCUCAAUUCUAUAAAUCUGAUUCUCUCUGUCCAAAGACUAGCCCCAUAUCCAAAACACAUUUCUCGAUUCCUGUACCUUGUGGAAGAUUUUACAAAGAGUAGCAGAGAAUUUCAAAUGGUUUUUUGGAAAAUCUGAGAGUUCAGGCACCAAAUUUCAGAUUGUUUUUCUGAAACAUUCCACUCAAAUUUGUGUCAAGUGUCUAAAAACAAAUAGUUACUUUUGAUGUUUUCCGAAUCCUUAACUUUCUUCUACUGAUCACAUUUUUUUCCAAAUUUGUUUCGAGUUUAAAAACUUUAAUCUGAAGAUUUUCAUUUACAAAAAAUAAUACUGUACAAUACAAAUAAAAUAUCACGCAAUACAUAUAUAGUUGUCUUAUUUCUUCUCGCAUUCAGGUGUCAAAAAGCUUCCUAUUUCCUCUCCAUCAAUAAAUACGAUAUUUGCUCACAAAAAGAACACACUUAUCUAUCUAUCUAUAUCUAUUUAUCCGCAUUUUUGAUUCAUUCUUUUUCAAGCAAACUUUGUUUCAUUCAUCUUUUUUUUUCUCAUGUAUCAAAUAAUAAUAGUAAUAAUUUAUGCCGAAAAUGGAUAAAUAUUAUUGUUAUUGUUGCUAAUAUUAGUAUUAAUACUAGUUUUACAAUAGAUAGAUCAAAACUUUUUUUCAAUACGACAAAAAAAUUUUUGCUUGUUCUACAUCUAUACAAAAAAUCGACCUGAUUUUUUCAUAGGAUAUAUAUAAUUAAAUAGUUAUUUAUUCAGUUAGUUAGAUAUUUAGAGCAGAUGUAAUCUUAAUAAGGCAUUAUGUAUUUACUAAACACUUUAUUGGCAGCCACUGAUAUUGGCUUUUUCGCCGUUGGUCAUGUUAGUUGUUAACAUAAUAAUCAGGUUUUAUCACGACAUUAUUAUUUGCUCUCUCUUCUCACCACUUCUUCUUUAUGUCAUUAGUUUUUCCAUGUUCCAUUCAUGAUGAUUUUGCUCUUCCUUUUUCUCUUUUAAAAAUCUUCUCCUAAUCUUUGCUUAUGUUAGGUUUUUGAUUUUUAGAUGACUCUUCGACGUAUGAAUGUUCAUGAUUUCUGGAAACCUUCUGAAAUCCCACCUGAACAAUAUUAUCAGAAUCUUGAACAAUAUCAGUAUCAGAAUUUACCGUUGUUGACAAGAAAACUUGGAUCUAGUUAUUGUUAUCCGCAAGAUUCUUUCAAUAUGAAUAACACGAAAAAACCAGAAUCGAGUCUGAAACGAAGAAUUGCACGAACUCAAAGUGAUCGGAGAGCUACACCUUCGGAGCAAUAUCGAUUCUCUCUUAAUCUUGAACGACAAACGCCACAAUAUGAAAACUUGUAUAAUUAUAGUUUCAAAUCUGAACAUCAUCAUCGAAGUUGUUCAGAUCUUACAAAUGAAAUCAAAAUUCAGACACAGAAUCAAAAUCGACUUCGACCAACUACCAUUUCAAUAUCAUGUCAUAACAUUAAUCAAGGUUCUUAAGAAAAAAAAUAUUUGAAAAUUAUGGGGAAAAUAUGAAUAUCAUUGUGUGUUUUCAAUUAAUUAUAUUUAUUUACAGAUUUGGAAUAUGGUCCAGGAAUCGUUGAAAAGUUGCGAGCAAAAUUUUCAAGGUUUUCGGGAACAAAUCCACAACAACAACAUCAUACUGAAAUUGAAGUUAGACAAACUGUCAAUAAACGAUUUAGUUCUUUUGAAGAUUUAUUAGCUGAUAAUAAUAGUGAUAGGUCAGUUUGAAAAUUUAGUUUCACUAACUUUAUCCGGCCUUUUCCGAAUUUUCUACAACCAGACACUGUCGGCCACUUUAAAAUCGAACCAAAACGUUUUGUAAAAACAACAUUUUUUUUCCAGUAAACAAAAUUCAAUGAAAUCACAACCACUUGAAUAUACUCGAAGAGCAUCAAGAUCAAUAAGUGAUAUGGUAGGAAAUGAAGAACAUGAAAAACCAAUGAUCCCGGUGAAACCAGUGUCAAUUCCAAAAUCAGAAGAACAAGACGAGGUAAGAUCAAUAACACAACUACGAAGGAGAUUCGAGAAAAAUGGAGAUCAAGCCGCAAAAAUGAGAUUUGCAAGAGAUCCAGUUGAAUUAAUCACCAAGGUUAAUCCAUCGUAUGUUGCGCCAAAAUAUAACCCACAACCAAAACCUGUGACAAAACCGGUUUCGAAUAUUUUGAAAAUUUUAAAUGAUGCUGAAAGCACACCGAGUGAACCAGAAUUUGUUCAAAUUGCUAGAAGAUUACGACGAUUUCAACCAGAAGUUCAUGAAUCUGCACCUCCAACACAAAUUGGAUCGCAGAAAAAACUGGAAUUUGAAUCAAAUGUCAAAGUUCCACCACCAACACCAGUUGAAAACACAAGAGUUCCGGUGAAAUGGCACAGAAGACAACCUGAAAUGCCAAAUCUAACAGAGAGCGCAAAAGUUAUUCGAGAAUCUUGCGAUAUUGUAUCUGUAUUGCCACCUGAUCCACAUUCAGCAAGAGUUUCUAAACAACCGAUUCCACCAAUCACUCCAGAACUUUCAAGAUCAACAGUUUCUAUUGAAUCAAGUCCCCCUCCAGAGGAACCAAAGCCAACUGUGGUUAGUUACUCAAAUAUUUUAUUUUGAAAAUAAUUUUCUUGGUUUCAGUCUGAACAGUUAUCAACAUUCCGAAAAACUGUUGUCGAUAUUUCAUCGGACAAAAACUCCAUAGCAAAUAGUGUGUUCAAAUAUGAAGCUCCGCCAACAAAACCAAGCUUCAAUAAUAAUUUCUGGAAAACUGAUGAUCAAGAGAAGGUAAUUUCGAAUUCCUUAUUCUGAAACAAAAUAGUAAAAUGAAAUCUUCAAGAUCACAUUUUUUGGCCGUAAAAUCGAAGACAUUGGCUCAAAAUCAAUCAUAACUUCACCAAAUUCACCAAACGUUGUUUCGAUAACAGUUAAAGGACCAAGCAGACCAACCAAUCUCUGUAAGUUAUUUUUCUCUUAGAGUACAUGUUUUUUCAAAUAUUUUUUGAAACAAAAAAAAUUGGAUCAACCGGAGAUUGACCAAUUAUCUGUCUCGUGUUAGAACGGUUCUACCAUCCAACCAACUAAAUUUUGGUCUAGUUUUUCACACUUUUUUUCUGUUUGGCGACACUUGAACAGGAAAAAAACGAGAGGAUAAUAUAUCCAUUUCUCUUUUUUCCUCAUUCUCCUCCUCCUCAUUUACUUCCCGUUCUAUUGUAGUUUUUCUAGGUUAUGGUUCGUUCACUUUUUUUGGGUUUUGAAACAGAAAGUUCACAGGUUUUCGAGUUUAGUGAAUUGAUGAUAGUUUGGGAAACCAGGUUGAAAUAAUUCGGAAUAUUUUAACUUCAGACUAGUUUUAAACAUUUUCAGAAAUGAGUUGUGUUUAACAUAAUGACCUUCUUCAAUUUCAAAGAAAUCUGGUUCACUCAAGGUUGACAGAAGGUAUUCAUUUUGAAGGUUCUGAAAAUUAUCCAAAAAAUCCCAAUCAUUAUAUUGUAACCGGGGCACAAUUUCAAUAAUUUCGAUGAAUUUUUCAUGAGAAAAACUAUAUUUUUCCCAUACUCGUUUAUGAAAAAUACAUUUCAUAAAGUUUUGUAAAAAAAAAUUAAUUUUUUACGAUGAAAUAUUUUUGCAGUUAUAUGUAGAUUCUUUUUAAAAAUUAAAAUUCCAGCAAAUUUAGUGCCUUAA